AGCCGAGCCGAGCCCGGGCGCAGCCGGCGGCGGGGGCGGGCACAGCCGCGCCGGUGCCGCGGGGGCUGGGGCACGGCGGAGGCAACGCCGGAAUGGGGGUGGCUUCCUGAAGCGCGGGGAAGGGAGGGCGGGAGGAGGCUGGUUCUCGCCUCUCCGCCCCCCUCCUGCCCCUCUCUCUCUCUCUCUGUCUCUCUGGCAAGUUUGCCGCUGUGCCGCGGCGCCUGCGGAGCGGCUGGCUGCGGGCUGCCCCUGCCCCGCUCCCGGCGCUGCCCGCGGCGGGGCGGGCGGGCACGGCGGCGAGCCGAGGCGACCCAGCGAGCGGCCCGCCGCCCCCGGGGAAGGCUCUGCUCCGGGGAGCAGCGGGGGGAGGCGGCUGGCACCGACGCCGAGGCUCCGCCGCCCACCCCCCGGCAGCGCCGCAGUCUGCCCAGCGCCGGCAGCCCCGGGAGAUGGUGACACAUGAAGCGUGCGGGAAGGACCAUGGUUGAGAGGACCAGCAAGUUCUUGCUGAUCGUGGCCGUCUCGGUGUGCUUCAUGCUUAUCCUGUACCAGUACGUGGGGCCGGGGCUGAGCCUGGGUUCCCCCAGCGGCCGCUCCUACUCGGAGGAGCUGGACCUCUUUCCCACGCCGGACCCGCACUACGUGAAGAAGUAUUACUUCCCCGUGCGGGAGCUGGAGCGGGAGCUGGCGUUCGACAUGAAGGGCGAGGACGUGAUCGUCUUUCUGCACAUCCAGAAGACCGGCGGCACCACCUUCGGCCGCCACCUGGUGCAGAACGUGCGGCUGGAGGUGCCGUGCGACUGCCGGCCCGGCCAGAAGAAGUGCACCUGCUACCGGCCCAACCGCAGGGAGACCUGGCUCUUCUCUCGCUUCUCCACGGGCUGGAGCUGCGGGCUGCACGCCGACUGGACCGAGCUCACCAACUGCGUGCCCGGGGUGCUGGACCGCCGGGAGAGCGCCGCGGCCAAGACGCCCAGAAAAUUUUACUACAUCACUCUGCUGAGAGACCCCGUGUCGCGUUACCUCAGCGAGUGGCGUCACGUCCAGCGAGGAGCUACUUGGAAGACCUCCUUGCACAUGUGUGAUGGCAGGACCCCAACUCCCGAGGAGCUGCCCUCGUGCUACGAGGGCACGGACUGGUCGGGCUGCACGCUGCAGGAGUUCAUGGACUGCCCCUACAACCUGGCCAACAACCGCCAGGUGAGGAUGCUGGCCGACUUGAGCCUGGUGGGCUGCUACAACAUGUCCUUCAUCCCGGAGAACAAGCGGGCGCAGAUCCUGCUGGAGAGCGCCAAAAAAAACCUCAAAGACAUGGCCUUCUUCGGCCUGACAGAGUUCCAGAGAAAGACUCAGUACCUGUUUGAGAGGACAUUUAACCUGAAGUUCAUCCGGCCCUUCAUGCAGUACAACAGCACGCGGGCGGGCGGCGUGGAGGUGGACAACGACACCAUCCGCAGGAUCGAGGAGCUCAACGACUUGGACAUGCAGCUCUAUGACUAUGCAAAGGACCUCUUCCAACAGCGCUACCAGUACAAGCGGCAGCUGGAGAGGAUGGAGCAGAGGAUAAAGAACCGGGAGGAGAGGCUCCUCCACCGGUCCAACGAAGCGCUUCCCAAGGAAGAGACCGAGGAGCAAGGACGUUUGCCCACUGAGGACUACAUGAGCCAUAUUAUAGAGAAGUGGUAGCCUAGGCAGACUUUUAUAUUAAUGAUGUUCUAGGGUUUCCAUAUAAGAGAUCGUGGAAGUAAAAAUUACAAAAAACAAAACAAAACAAAAAAAAAACCCGACAAAAAAUAUUUUAUUUAAAAGCAAGUCUGUAAAACAGAAGAUAGAUUGCUUCCUUAAGCAUAGGGUCUUUUUACUGUUUCUUACAAGACCGAUGAGAUUCUUAAAAAAAUCAAUAAAUACAUAAAAAUAAAAAAAGGGUCAACAUUCUAAUGCAGAGAUAAAAAAUGCACAAAUGCAGUUACCCACGCAUAAGCCCAAAUACAGAAGAAUGUUUCUUAUCCUCACGAUUUUAACACAAAUGGCAGAAGUAGGAUUUUUUCAAGUCUCUUUAUCCCCUGACCCUAAAGAUACAUAAUUAAAAAACAAGGAAACAGAGGUUUUCUGUUGUGGGGGAGGUGGGAUGGGAAUUGCACUGUUUGUCAGUAAGUGAUAAUGGUGACUGAGUUGAGGAUGGGCCAUCCUGUCAGGCUGGGAUCUGACACACAGGCAGUCACAGCAUUUCAGCUGGCAGCCACUGCCAGAAAGUAGAGCACCACAAAAAAUAAAAAGAAGAAAACCAGUCAGAGGAUGAGAAACAUUAAAGCAAAUUGACUAUGGCCUGGGAAAUGUACUUAUCACAGGGGUUCUGAUUUAUUGCACUGGUAUCACAAACACACACGCAGCUUCAUCAGAAAAAUAAUAGGGAAUUCAUACACAAACUCCCAGCUUUGUUUCCCAGACAGGUCCCAAAACAAGUUAAAAGCCAACCAUAAACUCAAACCUGCAUUCACAUGUUGUCCUGUCAGCUUACCACUACCACUCAAGCCACUAUCAGUAUUGUGUGUUAACAGCACAUGAAAACCCUAUCCUGCAUACUACAAAAAAAAAAAGGAAGAAAAAUUUAAUUACUCCUUCAUAAAUCCACACAAACUUCAGACCCUGCAAAUGAUAAGUCACUAAUGGGAAUGUGACGAGAGGGUGAUUUUGUUUUGUUUGUUGCUAUGUGAAAUACUGACCCAGAAUAAGCAUACAGACCUUCCCUAGCCGUAUUAUUUCAGUUAUUUUUACUUGCUUUUAUCAAGAGGUAAUGGGCAUCAGCCUGCUUCCAGUGAAGUCACUAGAACUGAUUUAAGUGGGAACAGGAUGGGGCUCUCUUCCAGAGCUGUGAAAAUUUCUGACUAUGGGUCUAAAUUAAUUAUGAGACAGUGCACAUUGUCUUUUGGCAGGGUGCCUGUUCUGCAGCCCUUACUUUAAAUGAACAAGCUGUGUUCAUAAAACUGGAAAGGGGAAUCAUGGAUAGUGUUUUUUUAGUCUCAGACCACUCUCAAAGCAGAACUCUUUCAAUGCUGUUUUUUAGGGCCUCAUGUAAGUUUAAUCCUCCAGUGUGGGGACAGUCUAACCAGGUUCUGCUUACUGACUUUUGAGUCAUAGAACAACAAUGACCUCUCUAAUUCCUCUUUCCACUCACCAAAUUAAAAUAUGGCUUAUUUUUUUGCUGUUGCAAGCACUUCUUUGUUUGGCUGGAAGCAGGGAAAUGAAGCAGUUUUUGCCUGGUUCAUGUCUCACUCCGUUAUUACUCAGCCUGUAAGACCUGAACCAGCUAUUGUUUAGGGUAAACUUUGAACCAAAUGGAAUAGGAUUUGAUUUUCAAAGGCCACGUUAACUGCAAAUCAAAUAUGGCAUUGAAAUCACUGGAGGAGAGGCAGAGAGGUGAUGCACUUCACUUUAGCAUGUCAUUUUUACAGCAUCCCUUUCCCAUCACACAAGUCCACUGAUGUGCUGCUUGGUUUGGGUUUUAAUUCUUUCUCUGCCUCUGUGCACUGUUUCCAGCAGUUUCAAGUUCAGACUGAGUUUUGCAGAGGAGGGGGAAUACACCUUGCUUUUGCAGACUUCUUCUCCUGAAGAGCAAAGACAGCUAAAAAACUUGAUGAAACACAAAGAGCACUUAGGGCUCAAACACAAUUCUGUUACAGCCCUGAGCCAACAUCCACCAGAGUCAGGGGAUGUCUUUCCUGUUGAUUUCAGGUGGAUUUUGGUCAGGUCUGAUCCUGCUGUGCCAAUGCUUGCCACAGAAUGGCUCCUGCUCCCAGAAAUGUGUAGCCUGCCCAUAAGCAUUCCCUCCUGGGUGAAAAUUGGGAAGAAGAAUGAAGCAGUAUUUGGUGGUUGGCUUGGGGGAAGAGAAGGUAUUACAAGUCCAUUUGCUCAUCUCUGAAUCCAAGACUGGCAGAAGCUGUGUCUGCUACGUGCCAUCACUUUCACAUUUUGCUGUAACCACAGAAAACAUUUGUAUUUUCAAAAUGCAACUUUGCAGGCUGUUCACCCACAAAACCAGCACACGAGAUAUAAAAAACAACUGUUGCACAUGCACAGUUUCCACCUUUCCCCAAAAGCUUUUCAGGGUGUGUCCGUGUGGUGGAUCCAUAACGCACAAGGGGUUCCUGCAGCUGAUCCCUGUUUGUGUCUCUCUGCUGGGACCCUGGGGGAUGCACACCAGAAUUGUGCUUAGGCUGUGUCUGCCUGAGCUCUUCCUGUGCUGCAGGCUCUGAGUAACCAGCUGGAUGUUAAGGAAUCUGUCUGCAGGGUUGUCAAAAUCAGAAGCAGCCUCUGACCUUAGGAGCAUGUCAGUAGAACUUUUUUUUUUUUGUAAUGGAUUGCAGUAACAAGCAAAAGAAAUGAAAUUAUAUUGAAAACUGUCUUUAGUUAACAGUUUCAUUUCAACCACAAAAGGAGGGCUGACCUCAGUACUGAGGCAGAAGUUUCUACAUUUAAAUUCUGCACCCAUGCAAAUGCCUCAGUUUUUCCACCUCUACACUGGGAGUAACAAAUUUACAGACUCUAAAAGGGUACUCCAAGGUAUGAAAAGUAUGGGGCACUUUGAAACAGAUUCUGAGUAAUGGGAAUGAACAGAAUCACCCAAAAGCCAUCCCUCGCCCUGGCUGCUGUGCUGCUCUGCUUCUGGCUGUUCAUUCAUGUUAAGUGCUGUGUACCAGAACAUGGGUUGCAGGACAUACCUGGCACUGUCUUCUUCCUUUAGUGGGGGCAAGGGGACUUUUUUAACAUAAUGUGAAUGUAGUUUUUUGUGAUUCAUAUGUACCACACUUUGAAGUGGUACUAUUUCUUUUCUUUUUAGGACUGAUAUUUUGAUGCUACAGUAACAUGAAAAGUGUGUGUGUGUAGUUUUAAAAUGAAUGAAGAACAACAGCUUUAAGGCACUCUGGCAGAAGUAGUGGCCAGAUAGUAGAUUCUUGUUCAGUAUCUGCCCCUUUCUUCCAAAAUGUUUUUCCUGUGACUUCCAGACACACCAAAAGCUUCUUCAGGACAUGAAGUGUUUCUUCAGGGGGUCUGUCAGUGCAUCAUGAUCCAGGUUAGGAGAGUGCUGGGAGCAGUGCAGGACUGGACUUGUCUCUUAGGGACUUGGUGACUUCUUAGGGCUAAGAAGUCAAUUUGCCUUUAGUCACCUAAACAGUGUAAACAUCACUGCUUGGUGGCUGUUCUUGCUGAAGAAAACAUUUUCUUGCUGGUUUGUCUUAUCCUAGUUAGCUCUGUUGAAGGAGUUUGCCUCAUCCAAGGUUUUCCAGACAGUCAGGUGCCACCUUGUACCCUAUCCAGGUCACAAAAUGCAGGAUUGACUGGUAAGGUUGCCAGUCCAUGCUGUCACAGGGUUCAAAGUCAUAAACAAAACAUAAAAAAAAGAAAAAGUCAGCUAAGGGUCAGUGUGAAUUUCUGGCUUGUCUGAAUUUCUCCCUUUAUGCCCAACAUUUUGGAAUAAAUGAGGAGCACUUCAGCUGAUGGUUUUGCAUCCCACAGUCCCUUACUUGCUUACAAAACUGGGACAACAAUGAAAGCAGCAUAAGAAAGAUCCCAAUAAGGUUUUGAAUCCUCUCUCCCAGGGCUGUCCUGUUAAAGAGCAGUGCAGUUGCUGAGAGUGUGGCCAAGGCAGGAGGACUCCCCAUGGCAGUACAAUGAGGAGGUUUUCCCUCUGAGCCAGUCAAGUCACUCCAGAGAGCAGUGGACAGCUCCAGAAGGUGACGAGAGCAUCACAGCACAGGGCCUGGCCAAGGCUCAUACCUUGGGGUUAAAGGCAUCUCCAGUGUCUCACUGGUGUUCAGAGUUACCCAGACCCCACAGACUUCUGCAGAAGUCAUCACAAAAAAGAGAGGAAUUCAUCCCCAACCUGUGCUUAGUGCUGUGUUCCCAGAGCUGUAGCUUGGCCUGCAGCUGACACUGCUGCUGGACUCAAACCACAGGGCUGGCUGUGGUCUCUCUCUAUUCUUCUUUUCACUGUCACUGAUACCAGCAGCUCAUGCUCCAGGGGCAGAGGUGAGCAUGGCAUUCACUGCCUGACCUGGGGUGUUCCAGGCCUGUGCAGCCCAGGCCAGUGAGCAGCAGCUCAGGUGAGCCAGGGCACCAGCCCCAGCUCUCCAUGGCUGCUUGUUUUACCCCAUCCUCAGGAAUUCUGCCAAGGUGAACGCAGCCCUGAUGAGCACAUGGGUGUUAAAGCCUGUGUUGUCCCAGCUCUGUAAUUCUUAGCCAUGCAAGCUGAAAAAAAACCCCAGAUUUGCAAAUGAGUCUGUCUCCUCAGAGCCCCACAAUUCCCCCUCCCUGUUCAGUUCCCCCACAUGUCAGUUCUGGAGACUGGAUUGAGAGAGUUGUACUAUAAUGAAUAAUUUUAUAUUCAAAAGGUUUACUGAGCAUGAUUUGUUUUGUACAUAUUGGAAUAUGAUUUAACUUAUUCUUAUUGCCCCUUUUAAUCUUUUUUUUCCCAUAAGGAGAAGACAAAAAUCCCCAUCCUCUCUCAAUGUGAAGUUCCUGUGUGUUUAUGUGUAGUCUGCCAGUCAAACAUACAACAGGCAGGGGAUUUCUCACCAUCCCUACAGCUAUCUGAUUUUGGUUUGCCUUGUCAUUUCCAUUCAUCUGGGACUUUGCUUAUAUUGUCUCUUCUCCCCUCUCUGCUGCACAGUCUGCACAGAGCAGGGAGAGGUCAGUGCAGGCAGGAUUUUCUUUUUCUUCCUCUCCCCUUUCAUGUGUGCUUUACUUACCAAGGAACUCGGUUCCUCCAGGAGUUGUGUGACUGAGGGUAAAAAAAUACAACUGUCCCCCCACCUGCCUUCCAUCCUCCAUACUGUAGAUCAAACAGAUUCAGCUUCUCUGAAAGUGAUUGUGGCUGGACUCAUUCCAUUGGGCUGAAUGUGUAUGGUUUGCACUUUCCCCCCCACUUCAGGAACUUAAAAACAACAAAAAAAUAAAAGGCAACUGUUUUAACUUGAGCCGAGUAACACUUAAAGCUUUAUAUAUUUAUUUAUAGCAUCUUACAAAAAGUGUUAAAAGGUUUUUUCUUCCACAAGAAAAAUAAAAUUUUUAAAAAAUCAUCUAAUUGUUUUUGUCUAGAUCGAGGAUGAAUGUUAGCAGACGAAAUAAACCCUAAAAUUGA